UUUAAACUGCCGCUGCCAUCAUGCGUCUCAAAAUCUCGACAGCUUAUCCGUUGGGGCCGUUCAAAGCAUGGUUUGCUCUAGAUGAUGAGGCCCACACAAUCGCGCAACUCAAAUGUGCGCUAUGCGCAUGGCUGCCUAUUGGUAUGCAAGCCGAUAACAUUACUCUCAUGAUGGACGAGUAUGAUCUUCUGGAUGACAGUCCUAUGUCAAUUUUACGCGACGGGGAUGCUGUUUGCAUCAAACGCGCAGCAGCAACAUCCCGGCUUAGUUUGUCGAGUAACAGUGUGCUCUUGCCUGUCACUCAGAAGCGUAAACGCCGUGCAUCUCCGUCCUUGGAACCUUCGUCCAGCUCAUCCUUGAGUUCUACUUCAUCUGACUCAUCGGACGAGUCAUCCAGCUCAUCCAAUUCCUCGGAAUCGGACUCUGAUUCAGACACGGACGCCCCAAAACCCUCACAGCAGUCAUCUGAGUCAGGCAAGCGCAUGAAUGCAACUACAAAAUCAAAAAAUCUGCAAGACAACAUCUCGUUUGUCCCCCCGGGUUACGGUAAGCCUUCCACCCGCAAUCGCAAUCUCCGCAGACGGCGAAAACGUGUGGCGGCGCACAAUCAACCCCCUAACAAACCUUUAGCACCCACAUCCGGUGCUAAUGCCGUCCUACCCCUUCCAGUUCAGCAAAAUUUCUUAACCCGUACCACCUCUGAAGCCUAUGUUGCUGAUGCAGAGCCCGAGUCUGAACCCAACGUGAUGAUGAUGUCCCUGCGGAACAAAAACAAGAAAAAGAAUUUCCGCCAGCUUAUGGACAAGCCCCUGCCUCCAAAGAUCGUGUUUGCGGAGCUUGAAAAUGCCCCCAUACAAACUGAGCUUCCGGAUAAGCUCGUAACUACUGGAACUUCAAAUCUGGAAAAGGUCGCAGUGCCUCCCAUCAAGCUCGCAAGGCUGAUUCCUCCUUCGGAACGGGAUAGCUUGCCGUCGAAUAUAUUCGUAACGAGUGUGGAUGUAGAGGAAGGUAAAUGGUCGAAGAAGAAACGGAGAUCAAAAGAGGAGCCUACCACGGCUUCCUACGACAAUGAAUCGUACACUGCUGAUUUCAGUCUCGAUUAUGGUUCGGCUGAAGUACCGGCCAACCCAGACGAAGUCCUUUACCUUCGUGCGGACCAGCAGUGGGACUUGCUUCCAAAAAUCACUAGUACAUCACAAGUGACAUUGAAUAACAUCAUUGCAUACAAGGCUCUUGCUAUCAGCACUAUGACGUGGACGCCCGAGAUGCUGAUAACAGUCGCCCGCGUGAUAUCUAUAUCUUCCACGCAUGUUACUACGUCCCGUUUACAGCGGCCUGUUCAAGUUUCAUUCAGUGGAUUGAUAGAUGUGACAGAAACUGCUGAGGAUGAAACACACACUUGGGUAGAUGUUUUGUCCCAGGAUUGGCGUGCCAUGUGAUGAGGCCGAACUCGUAGUCGCCUGACGACAUGUUGAUUGCUGUGCGAUAGAUAUGAUGCUUGAUGAGCCCGAGUGUUCGUGCGUUUUUGACAGUUUCACGUAUUGCUCUCGAUCCACAAACAAAACCAAUAUCGGAUAGUCAUUGAUAAAUAGAUUAGCAUCUCAAUAACAUGGCCCAAAUUUUUAUAUUCAGAAAA